AUGACGUUGGUCCCGAUCCCGACCGACGCGGCCGCGCGGAACCCGGCGGCCUUCCUUGUGACGCAUGGCAUCCUCCACGAGGAAGGUCCGUUCUACUUGCACGUGCAGGACAAGGCCGGCAGCCGCCGCAGCGACGAAGCGUGGACCAGCAUCGAAGACGACCUGCUGCGGGCCGCGCACUGCUGGUGGCGAGCCCAUGCGUCCGUGGCCACAGUCGCCCUUGGCAUUGCCCUCACGCGCCGCCUGGACGUCGAGAAACCAGAAUCCGAUAUGGAGAUGCUCACGGUAGCCGAGACGUCGCCAGCCAAGCCGCUCAACACGUUUGAAGACGACUUGCUAGCGGAUGUGGUCCAGGGCAUCCCAACGCUCUUCGUCGCGUCGCGAGACGUAGUUCAUGGUGUAACCUCGUCGAGUGACGCACUCGCGGGAUACCUCACAGAUGCGAUCCUCGUUGCGCCAAGCGAUCUCUUGACGCCCGUCGAAGCCAACCGAGGCUGUCGCUGGCUCCUUCCGGGCGAGCUAUUGAAGGUCGAUGUGUUCGACGAAGUCGACUACACGAAGCCGAUCAACGUCCUCGGGUUCUCUUUGCACGAAGCGGCGCUCGUCGCGAUGGGUCUUGUACUGUCGGGGCACCCAGCCGUGCGCCUCUGUCUCUUUUCGCUGACGCCGUCCCUUGUGCAAAAGCUGCCAACGACGAUGACGAGCAGCAUCUACUCGACCGAAGGCGUCAUGGCGCCGCAAGAAGGGGGCGCGUACGACCUUUCGAGCACCGUCGAAUCGACCACGCUUCCGGACAACGAAGCCCUGCGCAAGGCCUACGACGCUGCUGCGUCAGCCAAGACGCCCAAGGCCGCGCCCCAGGUGGCGCUUGCCUCGCGCGAGUACCGCCAAGCCUUUUUUACCAUGCCGCUGCCGCUACCGAAAGCCAAGUUUCUGGAUGUGGCGGCCGCCAUCUACCGUGCAACGUCGCUCGUCCUCGCGCCGCUCGGUGUCCUCUGUACAAACCCGAACCCGCUCCUGAACGAGACCUCGAUGCUCGAGCUCAAGACGAAGCACGGGCACAUUCUUCAGGAAAUCAUCGAGGUCGUCUCGGACAUGGUCUACGGCGACUUUGACGUCGACGAGAGCAUCAUGGCGAUGAGCGCCCAGACGUGGCUCCACGACGAAAACGACACGGAUUGCAACGCUGCGAUGACGAAAAUCAACCAGCUUGGCACAACAUUGCGCGAGACGCCCGCGAUCGUGGAGCUCCACACGGCACUCGACGUCGCCGACGUGUUGCCGACGACACACCGCAUCGUCGAGCAUGUUACAGCGGCGUUGUCGGCCAAAGUGCCAUGGGCGUUGUCGCCGCCCCCGCUGCCCGACUUUUCGCACCCACCUCCGCCGCUUGAGGAGAUGACCAUGUACCCAACGGUCGUCUACGGCCUUGGCUUCCGAUUGCAGACGCCGUGCUCGACCAUAACUGCGUCCAAGCAGAGCACGCUCCAAGUCAAGGCCAAGGUCCAGGCUGUCUACGAAGGCGUUCGAUCGGCCGUGGCGUCGGACCUCGACGCGAUCCAACUCCAAGCGCUAGUCGAGUGUUUGGCGGACGACCAGAAGGCGCUCGUGACGGACCUGGCGGCGGCGACAUUCGGCACGCACCACGUCGUAAACGACGACGUGUUUGUGGACCCGCGCAUGACACAGACAGCGCAGGCCAACUUUAAAGCGGCGCUUGGCCGAGGCACGCGAGCGCACAAUCGCGGCGACUACGACGACGCGCUGCGCUUCUUCUCGUCAGCAAUGAAUUGCGUGCCGCUGUACCACGCGAGCAUUGCGGACGCGCUCGCAAAGCGCGCCAAGACGCACCUGAGCCUCGGAAACCUCGAGAGUGCGAUCCGGGACAGCAAGGAGGCACUCGCAGUCGCGCCAUUUUGCAUGGAGGCCUACGCGACCCUCGGUGCGCUCGCAGAGAAGCGCGAGGACUACGACGAUGCGCUGCAGAUGCAUGUGCUCGCGUUCAUCCUCGGCGGGUCGCGGGCAAUUGACCAAGCCGACACGAUUGAGCGCGUCUCCAAGCACGUCGGUCGGUCCAAGGCCAAGGAGAUUUGGGCUGCGAUGGAGAUGCGCCACGACAUUCCGUCCACGUGGCUCGUUGAUAGCUACUUUCAGUCGUUCUUCCGGGACGCCGACUACCCCAUGAGUACCGUGUCCGUCUCGAAGCUCCCGACCUUGGACCCAAGUACGCAGUUUGAGCUCCUCCUCGUGCGAGCCAUCCACCACAAGCGCUGCCGUCGGUACGCAGAGGCCCAAGCCGACUUUGCCGCCCUCGCCGCCUACCUCCUCCCGCUACUCGAAGAGAACGACGUCGUCGACGACCUCGCCGUGCGCAAACACUAUGUCAUUGCGCUCAACCUCCACGCAUCCUUUUUGUACAUCACGGGCGACGUCAACUCGGCCUUGCACGUCAUCGAGGUGGCGUUGCAACUGGACCCGGACCACCUGAACUCGGUCAUCAAGAAGGCCGGGUUCCUCGUCGAGGUCGGGGACUUUGAUGCUGCCACCGAGGCGUUCGCCGACGCCACGCGUCUCGACUCCAACUCAGCGGACGUUUACUUGCACAUGGGCCAGAUGGAGCUCAUUCUGUGCGAGUACGGCGCAGCGGUCACGUCGCUGCGCAAGGCCAUGGCGCGCUGCGAGUCCAUGUAUGUGACCCACAUCUCGUACGGCAUGGCGCUCUACAAGGCUGGGUCCGUCUACCAGAGCCUCGACGUCUUCAAGACGGCGCUGGAACUCUUCCCAACGUCGCACGAGGUUCGUCUCUUCUACGGCGACGUGCUCUCGGACCGCGGCGACUAUGGCAGCGCGAUGGCGCACCUUCGCGCGGCCUAUGAAAUGUCCCCCGAGUGCCCGCUGCAUCUGCUUAACGCCGGACGCAUCUUUGUCGCGACCAACGACGCCGCACACGCCAUCGCCCACUUUGAAGAAGCGCUGCGGCUGGACCCAAAGAGUUCUGCGGGCCACCUGGACCUCGCGCAGGUCUACUUUGCCCAAGGCUGCGUCGACGAAGCCAUGGCACACUUUGACAAGGCCAUCGACACGUGCCGCUUCCUCCCCGAGGUCGAAGAUGCGUGCUCGUGCCGAGCCGUUGCGCUCAUGCAGCUCCAUGCGACCGAAAUCCUCGGUGUCGAUCUUCGCCACAUGCUCAAGAACAAGUCCAAGUAG